GGAAAAACCCUAAACCCAGAAUCGAGAGCAAACUUUUGGUAGUUCUUCACAAAAAGCAAUCGCCUCCCAGAUCAAGUGAAAUUUGAACCUAGCAGUAUCCAAUUCUGAGGCAAGUACUUUUCUUCGUCAACAUGUAUGAUUCACAGAUGUAAUUCCAGUUAUUGGUCAUAAUGAAUCAACGUAUGUGCAAAAGUCUCGUCUUUUUCUCUUUCAAAAACCCUUCGUUUCUGUACAAAAAGCAAUCGCCUCUCAGAUCAAGUAAAAUUUGUACCUAGCAGUGUCCAACUCUGAGGCAAGUACUUUUCUUCGUCAACAUGUAUGAUUCACAGACGUAAUUACAAUUAUUGGUCAUAAUGAAUCAACGUAUGUGCAAAAGUUUCUUCUUUUUCUCUUUCAAGAACCCUUCGUUUCUGUACAAAUCCCAUUUUUCUUUUUUAUUUUUCUCUACCUCGCAGAAAAGGGAAACGAAAAAUACCCUUACAGUGUACGAUUUUCUGCUACAGAAACACCACUUUUCUCCUGAAGCUGCUUCACAAGUUGCCUCAGUUUUAACCCGUAUAAAAAAUCCAGAAAAAUCUAAUUCAAUACUAUUGUUCCUCAAAGAGAGUGGUUUUACAAACAAUCAUCUGGAGAAAAUGGUGAAAACUCGGCCUGGGUUGCUCUCUGCAAGUCUUGAGAAAACAAUGAAACCCAAAAUUAAGAUUUUCCAAGAUUUGGGCUUUUCUGCUAAUGACAUCGCUGAGAUAAUCUCAAAUGAUCCUUACUGUCUGUAUCGUAGUGCAGAUAAUAGGUUCAUACCCACAUUAUCCGUGUUGAAGAGCUUGCUGGGAUCCAGUGCAGAGGUAGCUAAGGUUUUAAAGAUUUCUGGGUGGUACUUGAAAUUAGAUUUGAAGAAGACUUUGGUAGCCAAUAUUGAAUUCUUAAAGAGUUGUGGUGUAGACAUGGAGCAAAUCAUAAAGCAGAUAUAUAAUUUUCCAAGGUUUCUCUUGCAUAGUCCGACAGAUAUGAAAAAAUUUGUUAAAAAGGUUGAUGAGAUGGGGACUUGUAGAAGUUCCAGAUUGUUUAUUCAUGCUGUUCGGGUUGUUAGUUCGAUGACUGAUGAGAAUUGGGAACUAAAGUUAAAGCAUUUUAGCGAAUUAGGAUUUUCAAAAGAUGACAUUUUGAAAAUGUUUAAAAAGUCCCCACCUGCGUUUGCUGUAUCUCGGAGAAAGCUGAAGGAGGUAAAAGAGGUUUUGCUUGCGACAGGGAGGUACAAUCUUUCAUGUAUUGUUAACAAUCCAACAUCUUUUAUUUGCAGUGUUGAAAACAAGAUUAAACCCCGAAUGCAAGUUUUAGGAAUUUUGGAUAGUAAGAAUUUGAUUAAGAAGUGGCCGGGUCUUGCAACAAUUACCAGGAUGCCAGAGCGCAAGUUUUUGGAGAAAUUUGUUCAGCCUCAUUUAAAUGAAGUGGGAGAAUUAUAUAUGGCAAAUAGUGCACUCAAAGGCAGAAGAGAUACAAAACUUUUAUCAUCUGCAUAAAGAAAUGGGAUUUAAGUGAUAUUUCUUCGUGCUUAUGUUUAAGCAAAGUCCAUACCAAGCCUGUGUUAAGGAAGGUUGUGGUAGGUUGAUGGGUUGCAUAAAACUUUGUGACAUCUACCCUUAUAUAAAUUUCAUUAGGCAUCUGGAGUAGUGACGGACUGAUUUAGACAGAAAAAGAUUCAUAUAGCGAUUGACUCUAUUGUUGUUAACCACCUAUUAAAGGUUAAUGUUGUGAUGGCUUAAGGAUUUGAUUAGCUAGAUAGUCAUUCAUGUUUUGUAUGCGUGGUUAUCUAAAUAUUGUUCUACCUAUUUUUCUGAGUCUGCUGAAAUGACUUGUCAUCCUUCUCGAACAUGCUUUAUAGUAAAGAUCUCACAUUUUAUUUUAUGCAUUUGUUAUAACUGUUUGCUCUGAAGACAUUGGUUAUUGAUUGCCUUGUGCAAAUGCACAAGGAUUAAGUGAUGAGUUCAA